CAAACUGCAUUGCAUUGGAGUGCCUACUACAAUAACCCAGAGCAUGUGAAACUUCUCAUAAAACAUGAUUCAAACAUUGGAAUCCCUGAUAUUGAAGGAAAAAUCCCACUUCAUUGGGCAGCAAACAACAAGGACCCUAGUGCAAUUCACACAGUGAAAUGUAUUCUGGAAGCUGCACCUACAGAAUCUCUGCUUAACUGGCAAGACUAUGAAGGACGAACUCCCCUUCAUUUUGCUGUUGCUGAUGGGAACGUAGCGGUUGUUGAUGUCCUGACCUCCUAUGAAGGCUGCAAUGUGACAUCUUAUGACAACUUGUUUCGAACUCCCCUUCACUGGGCAGCCUUACUCGGUCAUGCACAGAUUGUCCAUCUCUUAUUAGAAAGAAAUAAGUUUGGAACUAUUCCAUCUGACAGUCAAGGUGCAACACCCCUGCAUUAUGCAGCACAGAGCAACUUUGCUGAAACAGUGGAAGUAUUUUUGAAACAUCCUUCUGUAAAAGAUGACUCCGAUCUUGAGGGAAGAACAUCCUUCAUGUGGGCAGCUGGCAAAGGCAGUGAUGAUGUCAUUAGGACUAUGCUGGCUUUGAAAUUGGAUAUUGAUAUCAAUAUGACGGACAAAUACGCUGGCACAGCGUUGCACGCUGCUGCCCUUUCUGGCCAUGUCAGCACAGUGAAAUUGCUGUUGGAACAUAGCGCCCAGGUGGACGCUUUGGAUGUUAUGAAACACACCCCGCUUUUCCGAGCCUGUGAGAUGGGACACAAAGAAGUGAUCCAAACACUCAUUAAAGGAGGAGCAAGAGUAGAUUUGGUUGACCAAGAUGGCCACUCACCCCUUCACUGGGCAGCCCUAGGAGGAAAUGCUGACGUGUGCCAAAUCUUGAUAGAAAAUAAAAUCAACCCUAACGUGCAGGAUUAUGCAGGUCGAACACCUCUGCAGUGUGCUGCUUAUGGAGGCUACAUUAACUGCAUGGUAGUGUUACUGGAAAACAACGCAGAUCCAAAUAUUCAGGAUAAAGAGGGAAGAACUGCUCUGCACUGGCUCUGUAACAAUGGCUACCUUGAUGCUAUUAAGUUGCUGCUUGGUUUUGACGCUUUCCCUAAUCACAUGGAGAACAGCGAGGAGAGAUAUACUCCACUUGAUUACGCCUUGCUUGGUGAACACCACGAAGUGAUUCAGUUCAUGUUAGAACACGGAGCUCUGUCUAUAGCUGCCAUACAGGACAUUGCAGCUUUCAAAAUCCAGGCUGUCUACAAAGGAUACAAAGUUAGAAAGGCUUUUCAAGAGAGGAAGAAUCUUUUAAUGAAACAUGAACAGCUGAGGAAAGAUGCUGCUGCCAAGUAA